AUGUUUCAUAUUGAGUUCAAUAAUUUUAAAUUACGUGAAGAUUCUCUUCCUCAUACUACUGCCUCGGAUCGUCGUUCAACAAAUGAUCGUAAUGCUGACAAGUAUAGAUCUUCCAAUAUAGUAGAUGCUGAAUAUAAACAUAUGCCGAGACCGCUAACAACAACUACAGAAGAACCUACGAUUUCUAAUGAUACGAGAGAACGAAUAAUAGUAAAGCGUAUUGGUGACCAUCCAUUGAAACAAGGUGAAGAGACUGUCUGGUUAUUCGACAAAAAGUAUGCCCCUUGGCUUGCACGUGCUAUAGAACGUGGCUGUAUUAAGAAUCGUGGUGUGAAAAGAACAGUGGAAAAAAUUGAAGCAGCUAAUAUAAUACCAAAUGAUCAAUCAGAAGGAAGUCGAUUAUUUAGAUACUAUUUAAAUGAAGCAAGAGAAAAGAAUGAUGCUUCAUAUUUAGUGACAGCUUACACGUUACAAAGUUUCUUCUAUCGUUAUCUUAAUAAAUAUAUGGCAACAGGUAAUCCAAAAAAAGUAUACAAGAAAUUAUGUCGUAAGUGGAGUGGUUAUUUUACGGGUGCAUUGAUGAGAAAUCCUGCAAUGGAAGUUUAUUAUUAUCGUGGAGAAACCUAUCGAGGUAUGCCGAUCACUUUCAAAGACCUGGAAAUAUAUAAAGUUGGUGCUCUUUUUGUAAAUAAAGCAUUUCAAUCAACAACAAAAUUAAUGGACGUUGCCCUGGAAUUUUCGCAACCAGAUCCACCAACAGAUGCAAAAGAAUCUAUCGUUAUUAUUUAUAAAAUUCGCAAUCGAACAACGGCACUAGAUAUUGGACAUAUAUCAUAUUUUCAAGGAGAAGAAGAAGUUUUAAUGAUGCCUGGUUGUUUAUUUAGAGUGGAAUAUAUCGAUGAGAGUAGAAAACCAAUCGAAAAUAGUAAAAUAUCAGCGAACAUUCAUACUAUACCACUCUAUAUUCACGUACAACAGAUAUAA